AUGGCGAACGGUCGAAUGGUUAACACGUACUUAUGCUUCUGGGCUUUGACAAUGCUUUUGACUCUGUGCACUGCAUGCGUUCUAAGCUUGCUGCUGUACGACCGCUUUGUUGAGAUGCCAACGCGCAUCACCAUUGAAAAUCAAUACGAGUCACUCCACAACUUGCCUUAUCCCGCCAUCACAAUAUGCUCGCCCAAUCAGGCCACAAUUAGCGCAUUGGAUCAUUUCAACAAAACCCUCGUAGACGGAAAUCUAACAUUAGACUUAAAAAAAGUGGUUCCACAGCUUCUGGACUUUAGUUUUGGUACUUUUCUCUUGGGAAGCAUAAACAUUAAUGAGCUAAAGCAUUUACAAGACGUUAUUGAACGUAAUCGCUACAGUGCACUCGACGUCAUGAGUUUACUGCCACAACGCUGUGAUCGCUUCCUGAAGCGGUGCUUUUUUGAACAAAAAAUAUACCCAUGCGAAGUUCUCUUUGAUUCUAUACUAACUCAAAAUGGCAUGUGCUGUAUCUUCAAUAGCAUCUAUUAUUUCAAAAAUAACAAAAGAAAUGAAAGAAAAGCUAAUUUCAUAAAGUUCAAAGCUACGAAGGCGGACUUAGAGAACUCGUUAACUGUAGUGACGGAUUACGACCCUGAAGAUGCUGUGGAAGGCACUGUACUCUACGCAGGAUCCUCAAGAGUAAUAUGCUAA